ACGUGCAUCAGACAAAACACAGACGGUUGGUUGACAUGUCUGCAGUCAGAAGGUUUCUGUACUGAAGAGCAGCGUGGCCGCAGCAGGCAACGACAGGCCCUUUAACAGAAUUUUACGCUUUUCUGGACAUUUACAGAGCUCGAGUGAACACCAUCCAGUGAGAAAUGGCAGAGGGAGGUUUUGACCCUUGUGAGUGCGUCUGCAACCAUGAGUAUGCUAUGAGACGUCUCCUCAAUCUGCUCAGGCAAUCUCAGUCCUAUUGCACAGACACAGAGUGCCCUCAGGAAUUGCCAGGCCCCAGCGGGCCUGUCGGUGGAGGAGGCGACCUGACUCUCCCCAUGGUUCUGAUGGGGUGGGUAGUGCUGGUUCUGGUCCUGUUCCUGCUGCGCCCAUCCAGUCUCAGGGGUCCCCGUCCCACAGAUAAACCCACUGGACCCCACAAUAGUGGUCGUAGAGAGCCCCCACCACCGCCAGUGGACUAGCAGUGGAGCCAAAGAACCAACACUCAUCCACAUGCUCUGAAUGGAGCUGCACAGUUAGCUACAGUAUAUACUGUGACGAGGACAGCACCAUCUUCCUGUCAGCCUUCAUUCAAAUAGCUUUUAUUUCUCCUUUUUACUACCAUUGUGUUGAGGUUAAAUCAAUGAUUCUUUGUACUAGAGUCCAACUGAUGCAGGAGUUUUGAGACUUAUCCAAAUUGCAGUUUUUUGUUUUUUUUUAUGGCUAUUUAUGUUUUUUAUGUAGACACAAAUUUUAUAAACAAAAACUUAUAUGCAUGGAGCAUAAAUGACUUUUACACACUAAGUCAAUUGUAUUUAAUUUGUCUGUAAAAUGUCAUUUUCAUUCUAGCAAAUGCAUUCACAGAAUGUUUUUGCUAAACCUUCAAAGCAAACUGACCAACAGUACCGGUGUGUUAAUGUAUCAGUUGGGCUCUAAGUGUUACUUUGCCAAGUCUUUAGGUGUGGCAUUGUUCUGAGUCAGUCCCUGAUCCCAGCCCUGGUGCUGACUGUUGUGCACAAACUUAGACGUGAACUCAAAAUGAAGGAAUGUGUCAGGAGGGCCAAAGGAGGAGGGAGAAGCAAGACAAGAAUUUGCUUUUGGGCUGCUGAAGUUAAUGUUCAGUGCUCGCUGACUAAUGAAGGGUGGUGGGUUCUUCAGACUCUAAAACAUUCCACUCUUUUCCACAUUUAGCUCUAUAAACGGUGCCAGUAAGGAUUUCCUUUCACAUUUAAGUUCACUUUUAAACCAGCAGAAUGAAGAGAUACAGUAAAUAUAUAAAUCAUACUGUGUAUUAACACUUGGAUUGUUACAUCACAGUAGAUUGAAUUUAAUGCAGUGAGCUAAUAAUUUGUUUGCAUGUAGACCUCAUUUGGAUCACAAGGUCUAUUUAUAUGAGCUGAAUUUUUAAGGACGUGUCAGCAGUUAUGUACAUAUAAAUAAUUGGAACAGCAAUACAUUUUCAUCAAGUAACAAGUCUGUCGAAAACAAAUGUGAACAUAAUAUUGGAACAAAGUAGAGGUAACAGGUCUAGGUUGGCUAUCUAUGAGAGUUCUUAGAGAACCUUGGUCAUAAUCACAGUUAUGUCCUCACAUUUUCAACUUACUGAUUAAAUAAAGGCAGGUCUGAUAUGCUUUGUAAUUUUAAGACAAACCACACAAAAAAGUACAUUUUAAUCAUAUUAGGAGAAUUCCAUGUCGUGUAUGUUUUGUGGUUUAAAAAACAAAAUGAUAUUCUAAAGAAACUAGGUUGUAAUAGCUUGAAAAUGACAUUUUAGUAGCACUUUUGUUGUGGUUUAAUUUAAGGGUAUGUUGUAAUGACUUAUUUGUCUAAAUGAGGGUCUGUCCUUUCUGUUCUUUUUUAAUCAUAGCAGUCGGUGAUUAAUGGGUGCAACCCAAACUCUACACUUCACAUAUUAAUCAAAUAUGUAAAACCAGCAAAGAUGUAGGAAAAAGUGCAGGCUAGAAUUUUUUACACAGUGCCAAUGGAAAUUUAAGUAUCAGUGCUGAUUUGAAGAACAACUUUGGUGAAGAAUUGAGCACGUGGUGAUUUCUUAGGGGUUGCGGGUGGGGGGGUGGACAAAAUGCUGAGACACAAUUUAUAUUUUGCCAUAUGUAGUUGUCAUGAUAGUUUACACAUAGGGUUUUUUUUUCUUACAGUCGCUCAUUAUUCACUUGAGCCCAGAACUGGCUAAUUCUCUAAUGGUUUGUCAGUUUGAAAUUGCAGCCUGAACAGCUGCCUGUGGGGCAGGAAUGCUGACUUGAAACUAUCUUUUCAACAGAUCUUUAGUGCAAUGCAGUUGUGUAUUGAAUGCAUUACAUGACACAGGAGUUUCCUGUUUUCUAGCCACUUACUGUGAACAUGUUUGCUUCCUGAAACUAGAAUGGAAACGGUUAUUUUAGUCUACCUGAUUAAUCUGAUAAUAUAAUUUCCACCUUAAACACAUCACCUACAAUUAUAAAACAUUAAUUGUAGAUUAGCUGUGUUAACUGGCUGGCUGAUCUUCAGUUUUAUAUCAGUAAAUGGUCUCUAAAAUUAUCUCUAUAUUGUCAUAGAUUUGCUUGGGAGAAAAUUAAAUUCAGACUUGAGUGUACUAAAUUAAAGUGAAACAACUCUGAGUUGUAAUGAACAAUAGAACAUCUGGUACCACAGGGGACCUCAAGCUAUACUGUUACUGUCUUAGAGAAAAAGGGCUUUAACUAUGCACUUUUCCUGUAACAAAACAAAAAAUAAAAAAAAUUAUUCAGUUA